AAGUUAAGGGGCGUAUAUCUAAGGCCAUCAGAAGACGACCAGAUUCCGUAACACAGCCAAAUUCCUCCUCGGCCAGAUGCAUUUCGUCUACUCAAAAAGUGAUGACGUCAGAGCGCGUGACUGGCAGUGGCGACAGUGACACACAAAGCAGCCAUUUAUAGCCGGGUGUUGGUAACAGAGAAUGGCAACAAGGCGAGAGGGUGGUAGUGCGCGCAGAGGGGCUUUACGGUGCAAGCUUGAUGGCCCGCCCACUCUCAAUACGCCAGCCUUUGUUGCGGAACUGAACCUAAAUUUUACAUAACGCGGAGUUUUGAAGAUCAAAUUCAGAGGUGACAGCAAUCCUCUCUCGUAAAUUAAAGAACGAUCUGUGUACUUGUAAAUCGAUAAUACGUAUCUCACGGAUGUGUAAAUAAGUAAACUUCGUGAUGCAUAUUUCCUUUGGAGUACGCACAAACAAAAAUGUCGAUUGUAGUCAUCAGUCGAAAACUUGCGAUUAAAAAGGGGAGAGUUACGAAGAAGUGAGAUCCUAGCGAGCUAUAUACUGCAUGGUGUCGAAAAUAAAUCAGAAAUGGCAACUAACAAAAGAAAAACAAUGUUUAAACCAGCCUGUGUUGUGACAAUUACCCAUGGGGAUAUUCAUGCAAACAAAGGUUCUUGCUGUGGAAUUCUGAUUGAUACAUCCAUUGGGUAUGUUCUUUCUCAUGGCUCCAUUCUUGCUUCUUGUCUUCUAAAAGGAUUGAGGUUAAAUCAGGGAGAACAUACGUUAAACACUUUCAUUAAUAAUAAGAACCUGAUGUGUGAAGUUCUUGCUGAGGAAUCUCCAGACUUGUGGAAUUCUAACCAGACUGGAAACUUGCAUGAAACUCCGUCUAUUGAAACUGCAGUAACAAGUGUUUCAACUGACAAUCAGAUUUCAAAAGACCUGCAACACAUCAAGUGGAGAAGUGACGUGCACUCUUUUGUCAGUUUUUCUGCUAGCAUUGUAGACAUUUUUAAGUGUUCAGCAUUCCAAAGUGCUUUGGAACGGCUGAUGCCAGAUUCCUCCUGGGAACUGGUGGAUAGGAAGGGUGAAAAACAAAAUUCAGAUGAUGCAGUUCUGGAUGACACUCAGAACCAGGACAUGCACAGCUUAUUGAGUUAUUUUGUUUUGUUGAAGCUACAUAACUGGACUCCAUACAAAAGUAAAGAGGUAGUUCGUCCUGCAGAGUACUGUCAGAUUGGUGAACAGGUAGAAAUAUGUUCUACUCCGUUUGGUGGUUUUAAACCAGAAGCAUUCCUCAACUCUUAUAGUCAUGGAAUAAUCAGUAACUUAGCAGGAAGGGACAAUUGCCUCAUUUUAUCUGAUGCAAGAUGCAUUCCUGGUGGAGAAGGAGCCCCACUCUACACCAUAAUCCAUUCCAAAAGAUAUCUGACAGGUAUUGUUGUAGCAUCUCUGUGCUGGAAGAAUGAUGAAUGGAUUGGCUUUUGCAUCUCAUGUGCCAUUGAUAAAAUUUUAGACAGUCUGCCAACUGAUAAAAUGAGUUGUAUUCACCGUUACAUCAGGGGAGUUCCACCUUCUGAUGGUGGAGAGAGAUCUUUAUUAGGGUAUAUGCCCUUAUUUCCUGUCACUGUGCUGCUGCAAGUUGGAAAGACGUGGGGCUCAGGGGUGAUAAUAGGCAAGAAGGAACGGCUGGUUCUGACAUGCAGUCAUGUUAUAAAGGAUGCUAACUUGUUCCCAGUUGAGGCAAAGAUUGGUUCUGAUGACAGGCUUAUCAAGACAGAGGUUAUACAUCGACAGCAUCCUUUGCACCAUCAAUUUGAUCUAGGCCUUGUCAGACUUUCUUGUGGAGAACAACAGCUUGGCAUGCAGAAAGAUGUUGUAGAAUGUGCCAAGCCUACUGUUGGAAUGAAAGUUUUUGCAGUUGGCUAUGGUGUUUUUGGCGCUGAGCACAAUCUUGCACCCUCUGUGACCUCAGGGGUCAUCUCAAAAGUAUUGCAUUUUAAACACAUUCCAGUGAUGGUUCAGACUACAUGCGCUGUACAUCCAGGAGCUAGUGGGGGCGCUCUGGUUGAUGGUUUGGGGCGUUUGCUGGGUAUCAUUGUCUGCAAUACGAGGGAUAACUCAUCUGGAGCUAGUUUUCCACAUAUCAAUAUGAGCAUCCCAGUGUGCACUGUGUGGCCUAUUAUCAGCAAGUUCCUAGUAACAGGAGAUUCUGAGUGCCUGCAAGCACUGAUUGUUAAAAACAAACUAUUGGACAGUCUGUGGUCUCUGGGAGAAACAGCUGCUAGUUUUCACAGUAAGCAUUAUGACAUGAAAAUUCUGAAGCUUCAGGUAGUAAUCAGUCGUUCCUCUUGACUGUUACCAGUCAUUGUGGGGAGCACAUGGAUAGAUUCAUCAGGUGACAAGACUCACCACUUAUGCCUGUUUUGGGCAUUACCAGAUCCUGCUCAAGAUGACCAGUCCAGUCUUUGAUAUUUUUAAGCCAGUUCUUCCUCUGCCCAUUAUGGCAUCUACCACCCUCUAGGAUACCUUAAAAGACAGUACUGAGCAUGUCAUGCCAAGUGACAUGGCCAAACCAGACCGGCUUAUGUUGUUUCACUGUUGCAAGUAGAGGUUCCUGUGUCCUAUGAGUGUGGCAACCAUGCUUUGUACGAAGUCACAGGCUUUAUGUUUCUUGUGACAGAUCCUGAGCAGUCUCCUUAGGCACUUGUUCUCAAAUGUCUGCAAGCAGUGUCCUCAUUUCACAUCCAUAGAGCAGGAUCUAUACUACAGGGGAUUUGUACAGAUUUCAAUUUUUUAAAAAGAAGCACAUGGCAGGCCUUACCGGACUGUAAAAGUCUCAAGGCCGAUUCAGAAGAUGCAUUCUAAAUGAAUUUCGUGCUCCAUAUUUGGGUUAGCUCAGUUGGAUUACAUCCACUCAGUA